AUGGCGAGGGAGACGCUGUCCUCGAUUUUGGUGUAUACAGAAGGCCUUCAUGGAAAAUGGCUGUUCACAGAGAUUCGAGCCUUGUUUUCCAGACGCUAUUUGCUGCAGAAUACAGCUCUGGAAGUAUUCUUGGCAAACAGAACGUCAGUCAUGUUCAACUUUCCCGAUGCAGCCACAGUGAAGAAGGUGGUUCAUAGCCUUCCUCGUGUUGGGUUGGGCACGAACUUUUCCCUUCCUCUCACCAGACGUAUUUCUCUGGCCACACCCAAGCAGCUCUUCAAGGCAUCCAACAUGACUCAGCGCUGGCAGCGUCGAGAGAUAUCCAACUUUGAGUAUCUGAUGUUUCUUAACACCAUUGCCGGCCGCACUUUUAAUGAUUUAAACCAGUACCCAGUCUUCCCCUGGGUCAUCACUAACUAUGACUCAGCAGAACUUGACCUCACUCUGCCCAGCAACUUCAGAGAUCUGUCUAAGCCCAUUGGUGCGUUGAACCCCAAGAGGGCAGCAUUCUUUUCAGACAGAUAUGAGUCCUGGGAGGACGAUCAGGUGCCCAAGUUCCACUAUGGCACCCACUACUCCACCUCCAGCUUCACCUUGAUGUGGCUGCUUCGCAUUGAACCUUUUACAACGUUCUUCCUUAACUUCCAAGGAGGAAAGUUUGACCAUGCUGACCGCACCUUCUCCUCACUGUCCAGAGCCUGGAGGAACUGCCAGAGAGACACAUCUGAUGUUAAGGAGCUAAUUCCAGAGUUCUUCUAUCUGCCCGAGAUGUUCGUUAAUGCCAACAGUUACAACCUGGGAGUGAUGGAAGAUGGCACCGUAGUGUCGGAUGUGGAACUUCCACCUUGGGCCAAAAACCCGGAGGAGUUUGUGCGGAUUAAUCGACAGGCCCUGGAGAGUGAGUUUGUUUCCUGUCAGCUUCACCAGUGGAUUGACUUGAUUUUCGGCUACAAGCAGCAGGGGCCUGAAGCCGCUAGAGCGCUCAAUGUUUUCUAUUAUCUUACCUACGAAGACGCAGUCAACCUCAACUCCAUCAACGACCCCAUGCUCAGAGAGGCUGUGGAGUCUCAGAUCAGGAGUUUUGGUCAGACCCCCUGUCAGUUGCUUAUUGAGCCACACCCACCCCGUAGCUCAGCCAUGCAAGUGACCCCACUGAUGUUUACGGAGCAGAUGCAGCAGGAUGUAAUCAUGGUGCUAAAGUUCCCGUCCAAUUCUCCCGUGACACACGUAGCGGCCAACACCCAGCCAGGACUAACGUCACCCGCUAUCAUCACAGUCACCGCCAGCCGCCUCUUUGCUGUCAACAAGUGGCACGGCUUGACAGGCCAUCAGAGCCCAGCGGAUCAGCAGUACCAGCUUCCUGUGGAAAUUGACCCUUUGAUAGCCAGCAACGUGGCCACUCAUCGUCGUCAGAUCUCAGACCUCCUGGAUCAGAGCAUUCAGAUCAGCUCGCAGUGUUUCGUCGUCACAGCCGACAACCGCUUCAUCCUCCUGUGUGGCUUCUGGGAUAAGAGCUUCCGGGUUUACUCCACUGACACAGGCAAACUCACUCAGAUAGUGUUCGGGCAUCGAGACGUGGUGACCUGUCUGGCUCGCUCCGAGUCCUACAUCGGAGGAGACUGCUACAUCCUGUCCGGCUCCAGAGAUGCCACCCUGCUGCUGUGGUACUGGAACGGAAAGCACAGCAGCAUUGGAGAGAGCCCAGGCACAGCAUUUACCACACCGAGGGCCAUCCUGACAGGCCACGACUGUGAGGUGACGUGUGCCAGUGUGUGUGCUGAGCUGGGCCUCGUCAUCAGCGGCUGCAAAGAGGGUCCUUGUCUGAUCCAUUCCAUGAAUGGGGACUUGCUACGGACCUUGGAGGGCCCCGAGCUCUGCCAGCGGCCCCGACUCAUCCAGUCCUCCAGCGAAGGUCACUGUGUCAUUUAUUACGAUAAGGGACACUUCUGUCUCUUCACCGUCAACGGCAAACUCCUCAGACACUUGGAAGUGGAGGACAGCAUCAAGGCUAUGCUUCUCAGCAAAGAUGGUCAGUAUCUGCUGACGGGUGGAGAUGGAGGUGUAGUUUCUGUCUGGCAGGUCCACGACCUCAAACAGCUGUUCGCCUAUCCUGGCUGUGAUGCAGGAAUCCGCUCCAUGGCCAUGUCACAUGACCAAAGGUGCAUCAUAACCGGCAUGGCGUCGGGAAGCAUCGUGCUCUUCUACAACGACUUCAACAAGUGGCACCACGAGUACCAGACCAGAUACUGAACUGAAAACUGCAACGACAUUUAAGAAAAAAAUAAUAAUAAUCUGAUGCCUGACCAGCAUCAACUUUUCUCAAAGGCACUGUUUUGUCUAUAACCUCAUGUCCUGAAUGUAUCUCAGCAAAAAGAGAGGAAAACAAAUCUGUUCUGUUAUAGUUAAAGCAUCGACUAUUUUUUAAGAAAAAGGACAUUGCUAUUUUUUGUAGAUCAGAGAGAAAUCUUUUCCUAUAAAUCUUUCGGUGGGGGGUUAACUGAACGGCUCGAAACAAAUCUAUUUUUAGCUGUAAGAGUCUAUUUUCAUUUCUAGAAUAAAAGAGCAGAAGUUGUGAAAAGUUAGAGGUAAAAAUCCAAAUUUUCGUGUCUUUUAAGGUGAGUAAUUUUCUUUUCAUGUGGGGAAAAAUUAAGCUUCUGUUUAUGCUUUUUUUUCUUUUUGUUUUGGGCUUCACAGCAGGUAGAAAAUAAAUGAAAUUAGACAGAAAAGUACAAAAGGGAAACAUUUAUAUAAAUAUAUAUUAUGAUAUCCUUCAUAUUUAAGAUGUCUUUACUUUUGCUUUGACUCAUAACAUUUAUUUAACACUUAGAAAAAAAUCACAAUUUUCCUGCACCUGAAAGCUGCUUUAGUCCGAGUCAAUUCUUUUACAUUAUUUUGCUAAAUAAUUGAAUAAGCGGUGAGUUAUUUUUCUCUUAAAUGAACCUUUCAGAGCCCGAGCCAGUCCUCUUAAACUUGUCUCCAAAGCAGCUAAAAGCAACACGAGAUGUGCAGUGCAAGGAUGGACUUAUCAUUUCUGCCUGUUUAUGUUUUUUCUUUCAUCACAGCUGUCUAAAUUAUAACAAGUGAUUAUGAUAAAAAAUGUGAUCCAGCUUCAAAUUCUAAGUUUCCCCUUUGAUUUGUAAAAUCAUUCCUUUAAAGUUGUUUUGCUUUGUUGUGGUUUAAAUUAUAAGGGGAUUUCUUUUUACCUUUUCAACAUUGUUUUUUUUUUCAAUCAUUUGGAGUGUUGUUUGCCGAGUUCUGACAAUAAAAAGGACUUUUAUAACUUUAA